AUGGAUCCAAGCAAGUCCGCACUCUCCCUCGUCGGGGCCGCCCAUGUCACGGGCUCAGCUCGGGGUACACUCAUGGCCAACGAUACUGAGCUGAGCAUGUGGGGUGGCGUGGACCCCCAGACGGGCGAAGUCAUCGACCGUCACCAUCCCCUGAGCGGACGGUUUCUGUGCGACACCAUCCUGGCCAUCCCAGGCGGCAGGGGAUCCUGCACUGGCAGCGGCGUCAUGCUGGAGAUGCUGCUAAACGGCAAGGGGCCGAGCGCGGUUGUGUUCGAGCGCCGAGAAGACAUCCUCACUCUCGGCGUCAUCAUCGCCCAGGAACUCUUUGGCAGACAUAUCCCCGUUGUGAUGCUGAAGCCAACAGACUUCCGCCUGCUGCUCGCCUUCGAUGGCCAGACAGUCUCGGUAGAUGGAGGAAAUGUCUGCGCGGAAUCUCACGACGCCUCCGGUACGCCUCGACAAGACGUCCAUCCACCGAUCAAGGUCCCUACAAGCCACCCCGAAGAGAGCAAGACCGCCCAUCACGCAGAAGAUCAACUCGACAACCUGAUUCGCGGGGCCCGCCUCUCGAGCAGAGACCGAGAACUCCUUGAAGGGUUCCAUGGGCGCGCUGCUCGUGCGGCCAUGCGCAUCGUUCUGCGGAUGGCGAGCCUCCUCGACGCCGAGGAGCUGAUGGACAUCUCCCAAGUCCACGUCGAUGGGUGCCUCUACACGGGACCGGCGUCGCUCGCUUUUGCAGAGAAGCUUCUCGGUCUAGGAGGCAAGGUCGCGGUCCCGACGACGAUGAACUCCAUCUCCAUUGACGCGAAGCGGUGGCGAGCCCUCGGCAUAGACUCCGGCUUUGGUGAGGUUUCCGCUCGCCUGGCGGAUGCCUAUGUCCAGAUGGGCGCAACGCCCACCUUCACCUGCGCCCCGUACCAGCUGGAAAGCGCACCUCGGAAAGGGGACCAAGUGGCCUGGGGGGAAUCGAACGCCGUCGUCUACGCAAACAGUGUUCUCGGGGCCAAAACGAUGAAGUACCCGGACUACCUCGACAUCGCCGUUGCCCUGACCGGACGGGCACCGAGAGGGGGUGCUCACGUUGACAGCAACCGGCUCGCGUCCGUGUUGAUCAAAGUGCCCCGGACUGGAAUCUCCAUCGACGACUCCUUCUACCCGCUGCUGGGCUACUUCGUGGGUACCCAGGCGGUCGGUGACAUACCUGUCGUGGCAGGCCUCGAAGAUGGCUUCUUUCCCACUAAAGACGACCUCCGGGCGUUCGGUGCGGCUUUUGCCACCGCCUCGAGCGCUUUCAUGUUCCAUAUCGUCGGCGUGACCCCCGAAGCCCCGACUCUGGAGGCCGUCAGCGCCCCGAAGCGAGAGUUGCGCUGCGUUGAUCUGGACUGGCGAGCACUGGAGGCGUAUUGGGCGAGGUUCAACUCCGCCCCCGUCUCGCAGGGCGUCGAUCUUGUGUCCCUGGGGAACCCCCAUUUCUCCUUGACCGAGAUGCGACUCCUGGCCAAGCUUUGUCAGGGACGGACGAAGCAUCAGGCCGUCCAAGUCAUCGUCACAUGCGGCCGCGCCGUGCACGGUCUGGCAUCUCAAGCCGGGUUGGUCGGACCGCUGGAGCACUUCGGGGUCCGAUUCCUCACCGACACGUGCUGGUGCAUGAUCACAGAGCCCAUCAUCCCGCUUCAGGCGCGAACCAUCAUGACCAAUUCCGGAAAGUAUGCCCAUUACGGGCCAGGGCUCACCGGGAGAGGCUUUCGCUUUGGUAGCUUGGCCAUGUGUGUGGAAGCGGCUUGCAGCGGUGGGAGCAACGGCGAGAAGCCCGGGUGGCUGCAAGCUGCUUUGUUCUCAGAGGUACCCAAGUGACGUGAAGUCGAGCGGAAGUCAGGAUCAUGCUCAUGGUUCCAAAGUGACUAACAUCAUACCACUCUUCGAUUCACGAUGUAUGUCGUACCAGCUAGAGCCCUGGCGCAAGCUUUUGCGAAUCAAGUCCUUCGUCUUUUCCAGGUGAGUAAACAACCAGCUCCAGAGCCUGUUCGACAACGAAUCUGACCUGCCCUUGAGAUAUCUAGCAUUCACACUCGCCUUUUGGCUUCUUGGAUGUUUGGGAACCUUUGGCCCUAUGGGAAUCAGCAGGCGCCACUGAGUGAUAGGAGCUGAAUCGUGGCAGCCCUUUUUAUGAAACAUGUUCUUGAGCUUCUCGUGGUUUCUUUCCUUGUUGUUUCUUUCUCUUGUUUUUUGUCGUUUGUGUGUGUGUGUGUGUGUGUGUGUAUGUGGCUUAUUUCGGUUUGCUUUGAGUUGUGUUCUCCCUGAUAUACUUUCGAGCUGCUGGUUUGGCAUGUUGUAAGUACUGAAGUCCUUACAGCUUGGAGUAAUGGAGGUCACCGAGCAGCAUAGGUUAUUUCACUGCUAACAGUUCAAACUGCAGUCUCCAUGGUUAAGUUUUGUAAAGUUCUCUCUCUAUGUACUGCGUACUAUCAACAGCAAAGUCGCCUCUCAAGAUACUCUUUAGCGAAUAAGAUAAUAAUA